AUGCCGGAUCUUAUCAAGGCGAAGGAGGUGGUGAAGGAGUCGUUGUUGGGGAUGGAGAUCGUGGAGGAGGUGCAGAUGUCGGCGCAGAGCAAGGCGACGUUUGAGAAGAACGCGAGGAGGGAUGAGGAGAGUGGGGAGCUGUUUAUGGGCGAGGAGGAGUUUGUCAAUGCUGUUGCGCCGGUGGAGGAAGAUUAUCACAAAAUCAAGCGCGAACAAUACGGCAUCCUCUUCAGAGUUGCCGACAGGAAGAAGACGGGCAAGAUCAGUCUCCCGGACUGGAGUACCUUUGAAAACCUCCUUGCGAAACCCGAUGCAGAGUACGAGAUCGCGUUUCGGCUUUUCGAUGUGGAGAAUACUGGUUUCGUUAAGUACGAGGAUUUGAAGAAGCUCUAUGAGAUGAAUAAGAGUCCGGAUAGUAUACCGUUUGACUGGAACUGCGAGUGGGCGACGCUGUAUAGUGGGGGAAAGAAGCGCAGGCACGAUCUUACGUACCCGCAGUUCUCGCAGAUGCUGAGAGGGUUGCAGGGAGAGAGGAUACGACAGGCUUUCCAUUAUUUUGACAAAGAUGGCGAUGGGUUUAUUGAGCCUGAGGAAUUCCAACGUAUUAUACUCGAGACGGCCAAACACAAGCUUUCAGACCAUCUGUUGGAGAACCUACAUACCCUCUGCAACAUAUCGACAGGUACCAAAAUCUCCUACGCCAAUGUUCGCGCGUUUCAGAACAUGAUCCGGGAAAUGGACCUCGUAGAAUUGAUCAUCAGACAAGCUACAGCGCAAAGUGAUGAUGGCAAGAUCACCAGAACAGAAUUUCUCAACGAAGCUGCGCGCAUAACCCGCUUCUCCCUCUUCACGCCCAUGGAAGCAGACAUCCUCUUCCACUUCGCCGGUCUUGACGAACCCUCAGGCCGCCUCGGCCUCGGCGAUUUCUCCAAAGUCCUCGACGCCUCAUGGCGUAACCCGCUAUACAAUGCCUUCGGAGCUGCCUCUGCAGGAGCCAAGAAAGCAAAGACAAGCACCCAGAAAGCCCUGCGCUCAGUCCUCGAAUCAGUACACCAUUUCGCGCUGGGUUCUUUGGCUGGUGCGUUUGGUGCUUUCGUGGUGUAUCCUAUUGAUCUGGUCAAAACGAGACUGCAGAACCAGCGCUCUGCACGCCCUGGCUCAAUGCUGUACAAGAACUCACUCGACUGCGCCAAGAAGGUCAUCCGCAAUGAAGGUUUCACUGGUCUGUACUCGGGCGUCUUGCCUCAACUCAUUGGUGUAGCGCCAGAGAAAGCCAUUAAGUUGACUGUCAAUGAUCUGGUACGAGGGCACUUCUCGAAUAAGGAUGGGAAGAUCUGGAUCCCGCAUGAGAUAUUGGCAGGUGGUACUGCUGGUGCAUGUCAAGUUGUCUUUACUAACCCCCUCGAAAUCGUCAAAAUCCGCCUGCAAGUCCAAGGUGAAGUCGCCAAAUCCGUCACCGACGUCCCCCGCCGCUCCGCCAUGUGGAUAGUAAAAAACCUCGGUCUAGUAGGCCUCUACAAAGGCGCCUCUGCCUGCCUCCUCCGCGACGUUCCCUUCUCAGCCAUCUACUUCCCAACCUACAACCAUCUAAAACGCGACUACUUUGGGGAAUCACAAACCAAGAAACUCGGUGUCGUACAACUACUCACCGCCGGUGCUAUUGCGGGAAUGCCAGCUGCGUACCUAACCACACCAUGUGAUGUCAUCAAAACCCGUCUCCAAGUCGAAGCCCGUAAAGGCGAGUCCUCGUACACCAGUCUCCGCCACUGCGCGCGCACCAUCAUGAAAGAAGAGGGCUUCAAAGCCUUCUUCAAAGGCGGACCAGCGCGUAUCCUGCGCUCGAGUCCACAGUUUGGUUUCACGCUCGCGGCGUACGAAGUCCUACAGGGCUUGUUACCGCUCCCAGGGGGUGAGGAGGGUGCGAAUGCAAUGCCUCAUAAGGGCGUCGGCGCUGUGGAGGCGGGCUUGCAGGGCCAGGAGGGCCCGUUGGGGUAUCUGAGGAGUCGGAAUGCGUUGAAGAUUAUACUGGAUCUGGAUGGCGAGUUUGGUAGGAGGGCUAUGCCUGGGGGCGGGGAGGGGUGGAAGGGCUUGCCGAGGGUGUUGGGUGGGAAGUCGUAG